AUAACCUUAAAACAUUCAGUAUUUUCAAACCUGACAUGUUUGAACUUCCAUCUCAAAACUCAUUUACGAACGGCAACGGGUAACGGUCGCUCCGGUAUCAUGCAGAGGCUUGUUUCGAACAAUCGGCGAAUUGAGUGACCAGUCCCUCGUCCCUGUGAGUGUCUGCCUAAACAUCUAUCACCAUUCUACAGACGACGUUAUGAACACGGGACUAGGCACUGCAUUGAACUGAAACAUAAUUUAACAAAUUUGCCUGCAACGAACAACACUGUAGUAAAUAUGGCCGACUCAACAUUUAAUGAUGCAGUUACAAAACUAAAUACACCAUUUGAUGUGUUCAAAUUGGACUGUAGAAAUAUGAUAUCAAAUGCCGAAGCAUUUAAAUUGCGUGAGGCGUUACUAACAAUGACGUUUAAAAAAAAAUCGUGUGAUCUUUAUUCAUUCUCUCAGUCGUCAGAUUUCAUUCGUUCCACAAGACUUAAGAAACCUAAGGAAGUCGAACAGUUUUUAAGUUUGCUAAAAAUAAUAAAAAACAAAAUAGCUACUUACUUAAAAAAAAACUUUAAUAAUAUGAUUAGUGUAUCUUGUUCUAAAUAUGAUCGCGGAGAUUACUUACUUUGCCAUGAUGAUCGUGUCGACGAUAGGUCUGUGGCAUUCAUAUAUUAUUUGAAUUAUGAUUGGCUUCCUGAAUGGGGUGGCACAUUAGAUGUUUAUUCGGUUGAUGACACUUAUUCUGCCACAGACAUCGUAGGAAAUAUUAACCCAGAUUUCAAUUCAAUGAUUUUUUUCCCAGUUGAAAAAUAUAGUUAUCACCAGGUGGCUGAAAAUAUAUCUACCUUUCCUCGUAUUUCUAUUAACGGUUGGUUUCACAGUGAUGAACUAUCUUGGAUAAUGUGUGACCAGCCAGUCAAGAUUCACACUCCAAUUUAUACACCACAUUCAGUUUCUAAUGCAAGGUGUAAUACGAUCUCCAGAAAGUGCAUAGAAGGAAUAUUUGAAAAACCCUUGUUUAGAGAAGCUAUUAAAGAAACAUUUAAGAAAGAUGGGUUCAUAAUGUGCGAGGGAUUUUUCAAGCCUGAUAUGGUAGACUAUUUAUCUAAUCAUGUAUUUUCCAAUGCAUUGAAUUGGAAAAUCAGAGGACCUUUAAACAAAAGGAAAUACAAAUAUUUAGAUUCAAAAGAUUUGCCAGAAUCGAUUUUGUCUGUUGUUAAUUUGUUAAAGACUGAACGCAUGUUUCAAUUUUUCCAAGACUGCACAGGUUUGAGAUUUAUUGCUGUUAAUAUUGAAGUGCAAAGAUGGCAUGGUGGACACUAUAUGGUGUCAGGCGGGAACGAUGGUCUAGACGGUUAUAAUAUAUUAAGUGUCUAUUUAUUUUUUAGUCAGUGUUUUGGUACAAUGUCUAAUUCCAAUAAAGAUGAUCUACAUUAUGUAUUUGAAGUAAAAAAUACAUUAACACCGAAAUUUGCAUGUAAGCCCCAGCACAAUACUAUUUUUAUGGUAAAUCGAGAUUCCAAUAUGGAUUCAUAUGUUAAAUAUUGUAAAGUAGUUGAUGGUCAUGCUUGGACUGUAGUUGUUGCUAAUUAUGUGAUUCAUAAAGAUUUUGAUUGUAGACCAUUACUAUUUAGGUUUGACCAACAGUAAAAUUAACUUUUAUUCUAUUUUGUUUUUUUUAAUGUUGACAUUACUAUUACAUUUAUUUAACAAUUAUUUUCCUACUGUAUUGUGCUUUUUAAUACUUUUUAUUUUUAAUGUUUGUGAUUAGAUCAUUAACGAAUGAGUAAUUUUUAAAUAUUUUUUUUUAUCAAUAAAGUGUUCAUAAUUUAUAAAUAAUUAUUAUUCAUAAAAAUAUUAGUUAUGUUUGGAUAUUAAAUAUUAAAAAUAGUAUCAGAGUUUGAUAUUAUAUUAUUAUCACUUGGUUAAUUAUAUUCAUUUAUUAUAGUAAACUUAUUAUAUAAUUUACCUUAAGUAAUGUGUUUCAAGACAUGUCUUGUCUUUUAAAUAGUAAGAAACUCAAGUUGUGCAGGUUAAACAACAUUUUUAAAUGUAUAAAAAAAAGAAAUAAUAUAUUGAUGUUAUCAUAUUUACAAUUAUUUUCAAUUUAUAUGUUACUAGCUGUCACCCAUAUAGUGUACAAUAUUUGUUAAAAAUAAUAAUAUAUUUGUCUAAAGUUUAUUUUAAAAGUGACUGAGUUUAAUAAACAUAUUGUGAUAUAAGAGUA